AUGUCGGACCAGGGUGAUGACUAUGAUGACUUUGAUGAUUACUUGGAAGACCCUUCCAAAUUAGAUUCUGAAACCUCACAAGGAGCAGAUGAAAUUGGGGAUAAUAGUAAUAAUAACGGAAAAUCGUCCAAUAAAACCGUAAAUGAGAACCCAGAGAUGGCAGGGAUAAUCAAUGAGCUGCAGUCUGACUUCCAAGCGCUAUUGAAGACUGAUAAUGGCUCAAACGAGCAGGAUUCGGAAAAGUUUAACAAUUUGCUGGGCACCCUUGGAGCAGCUGCAUCUUCACCGCAAAUCCCAGAGCCCAAGGGUCCAUCUGCCAGUAGCGGAAAGUACCCCCCUCAUGGAAAGUUUAGGGAUAUUGUGUCUAACACUCUUGAUAGGUUAAAAGAGGGGUCUGCAAAAAUUGACUCCAAAAUUCAAGAAGAAAAGCAGUCCCAAAAUCCAGACGCCAUCCUCUCUCAGCUCCUAGAGCAGCUCGGAGAUGGCUCUGUGGGCGACGAGUCCUCAAUGGACAGCACAAUUGCCACCAUCCUGAACCAGAUGUCCUCAAAAGAAGUAAUGUAUCAGCCGAUGAAAGAAAUGCAGCACGAAUUCACUGCCUGGAUGGCCGAAAACGGCGACCGUGAAGAGCACAAGGAAAAUCUCAAGAACUAUCAGCAGCAGCUCAGCACUGUAAACAAAAUCGUCUCUAUCUACGAACGUGAUGACUACACUAACGAAAAGUACCGCACCGAAAUAACUGAUCUAAUUGAUACUCUAGAACAGCUUGGUGAUAGUCCCAUAAACAAGGGCUUCAAUAGCACCGAAGUCAAUAAGGAAUUAGAUAACCUCGCAAAACUAAUGGAGGUUGAAGGCGACGAGAACAUGGCUCAUCUCGAUAAGGAACUGGAGGACACCUGCAAGCAACAAUAG